ACGUACUUUCGCUUUCGACUUCCAGCAAUUGCCAAUUGCUGCUGCUGCAUUGCAGUCUUAUUGCAGGAGCUCACGGAACCGUAUUGGGGAAAUUGAUUUUUCUUUCUGAACUUUUUACUUUUGUUCAGGCAUCAUGGCUAAGCAAGAAAACAAGGGCAGUGGUUGCAAAUUCUAUCUAGAAAAGAAGAAACGCUUUUGCAGGUUUGCCCCUAAACCAGGAGUGGAUUAUUGUCAGGAGCAUGCCUGCAUUCUAGGAAUUGAAAUAGACCGGAAAAGAAUCCCUUGUCCAUUGGAUCCAAGUCAUAACUGCUAUGCUGACAAACUGCAGAAACAUCUAAAAAAAUGCAAUGUGACUAAGCUUCGCAAGGUGACAGAAGAAGCAGAAUUUUUCUCAAGAGGUAUCAACAUGGGACCAACAGUUGAUGUUCCCACGGAACAGAAAAAUAUCUCUGUUCGGGAAGUGACGUCUGAGCAGCUGGCUGCUCUGAUUGAAAAGGUCAAAAAACUUUAUGAAGCUCAUGUUGACAAACCCGAAACGGUCAUAUUGGAACAUCCUUGUGUAAAAACAGAAUACAAUGGAAAAGAGGAAGCUAAUAAUGAAGCAGGGGAGAGCACAGAGUUAAAAAAGACACUGGAAGAGAACCCUGGACUCCGUAAGGAGCUAUUGCAACAGGCUUCUCUAGUGGCACAGCUGGACUCUCUCAGCUUGCUGGACAAGAUAAACUGGUUUGUUGAACUUGGUGCUGGCAAAGGCAAGUUGUCCCACUGGGUGGAGAAAGCCUAUCAAGGCAAUGAACAGGCAUCUUAUCUCUUGGUAGACAGGAGCAGUGUCAGAUACAAGAUGGAUUCAUUUCACAAGGAAGACAGUGGUGCGUCUAAAUUUAAGAGAAUCAAGGUGGAUAUUGCAGAUCUGUGUUUAGGGUAUGUAUCAGAUGUACGACCUAAGGACUCCGUAGUUGUUAUGGGCAAACAUCUUUGUGGGGGAGCCACUGAUCUCGGCAUCAGAUGUGCUGUGGACUCUCUGGGAAUACGCAGAUCAGGGGAUGAGGGCAAGUCUGAGGCAGAAGCUAGUCAAGAGCCUCCAGCAAAGGCGCAGAAACUCGUUGCAGAGGAUGAUGGUGCUGAGAAAGGGUCAAGUCUUCCCCGAGGCAUCAUGAUUGCUCUGUGCUGCCACCACCGCUGUGACUGGGCCACGUAUGUGGGCAGAGAAUUUAUGCAGAACUGUGGGGUCACUCCAGUGGAAUUUGAUCUGCUGACCCGACUGAGUAGCUGGGCAACGUGUGCAAGAGGCAAAUGGAGAAACUUCUCUAAAGACUCAGCUGAUGCUACAGACUCACCAAAAGAUCUUGGCCCUCAAGAGGACCGGAAAGACAAUGCAGGGGAAAUUGAUGCAGAUGAGCAGCCGGGAGAUCACGUAGCUGAUGAUUUAGUCACAUCUAAGAGCAGCAAUGCUCUCAGAGAAAGCCUCAGUGUGACAGUCCGAGAAAACAUAGGCAGGAAGUGUAAGCGCCUCAUCGACACUGGCCGACUGCACUACCUGAGGUCUAAGGGCAUGACAUGUUGUUUGAGAGAGUAUGUGUCAGGGGAAAUCACCCCAGAGAACGUGGUGCUGCUUGCUCAUUGUGAACCAGUCUCUUCAUCCCCUCACCGAAAAACCACUGAAUAAAAGUUGAUGUCUUGUUGCUAUGGUA